CUCUCCCUCUGUUUCUACAAUGGCAGAGACAACAACAGCAGAAGACGCGGAGAUGAUUGAAAAGGUCCGAUUAGUUCUUGGGCCCGACCCCCUCGAUUCUGAUAUUCUCCGAGCGCUUUCGCUUGUCGAAAACAACCCAAAUGCCGCCAUCAACAUCAUCCUCGACACACCUGGUUUUCUCAGAGGAUCAGUGACUGUGAAGCGGACUUCCGGUGGUUCUGGCGCACGCAUCUAUACCGAAUUAAAGCGAGAGAUGCCUGAAGUUCCUGGAGAAAUGGAGGAGAAAUCUGAUUCAAAUUUUGAGAGUUUGGCGGUUUCAGAUCGAUUCCAGCCAUUGAUCACUAAAAAGGGUCAAUCCGACAUCUGCAAUGUUGAUUUGAUCGAUUUGGAAAAUACCCAUUUCACUCCAUACCUUAAUCCUCUCCCGAUUUCUUCAAAAAAGCCAAGUAUGAAUACAGAUAGGCGCAUUCAAGUGUAUUCGGAGUUGAAUCAGGUGGAAAAUGGGGAAUUUUCAGAAGAGCCGGAUUGGUUUCUAUUGGGAAGGACGAAUGUGGUUGGGCUAUCGACGUGCCGAGGGAGAAAGCUGGAGUUUUAUGAAAUUGUUCAUUUCUCGUUUCCUUCUGUGGAUGUUCGAAGGCAGUAUAGCGGACAGUGGGUCAGUGCAAAAGCAGCGGUGGCGAGAUCGGAGAUUGUUCGGUUCUCGACCAAACGAUCAGGAGAGAUUGGGAGGCUACCUUCGGAGUGGACAAGAUGCCUAAUCCCCCUUGUAAAUUCGUCAAAGGUAAAGGUCUGUGGUCGAUGCAUGUCUUCACCAUUAGAUCUCUCUUUGAUGCAAGAAAUCGUGUUAUGUAUCAGCCUUUAUAUCCACAGUUCGGUUUUCACGAAGGGUGACAUGUCCUCGUGGAAGUUGGUUGCUCCAUCGCAUGUGGAAUCUACUGUCCAUCCACUUCCAACUCUGUUCAAAUUGCUUAAGAUGAAACCCUUUAAGAAGGCUGACUUCACUCCAGAGGAGCUUAAUACUCGGAAACGUUCGAUAAAUCUCAAAGAUGAUUCAGAGGAAAGUUCACCAAUGCCAUCUCUUGUGAAGCGUAGAAAAGGAAACUAUGAACAAGAAAGAGGAGAGCAAAUUGUCUCAGAGUCAUGUCUGACUAAGCUUGUUGGCGCUGCAGAAGUUUACAAUCUGGAGGAAAUGGAUCCUCCUCAAACUCUCAUGUGUGAUCUGCGGCCAUACCAGAAGCAAGCGCUCUACUGGAUGUCGGAAUUGGAGAAGGGAAUUGAUGUUGAACAAGCAGCAAAGACUCUUCAUCCAUGUUGGGAAGGUUACCGUAUUAAAGACAAGAGAGCUUCUGCAGUUUAUCUGAACGUUUUCUCGGGGGAGACUACUACUCAAUUUCCCAGUGCUACUCAGAUGGCCAGAGGAGGAAUUUUAGCAGACGCAAUGGGUCUUGGAAAGACUGUAAUGACUAUUGCAUUAAUACUUGGAAAACCAGUUAGGGAGAGUCUAGAUGACCAACAAGUUGAAGAACAAAAUCAGGAUUGUGACAACAAGAAAGCAAAGAAUGGUCAGAAAGAUCCUCAAACCAAAAGCCUGCCCACAGUUAAAGGAGGAACUCUUGUUGUCUGUCCAAUGGCAUUGUUAGGCCAGUGGAAGGAUGAACUCGAAGCCCAUUCAGCACCAGGGGCACUUUCAGUAUUUGUGUACUAUAGUGGAGACAGAACUAAUGAUCCCACUGUAAUUUCAAAGCAUGAUGUGGUCUUAACAACAUAUGGAGUCUUAUCUUCAUCUUAUAAAUGUGACUUUGGAAAGGACAGCAUUUUUUAUAAGGUAGAAUGGUUUAGGGUUGUAUUAGAUGAAGCACACACCAUUAAAUCAUCAAGGUCCCAAGUGGCUCAGGCCACAUUUGCACUUGCCUCACAUUGUCGGUGGUGUCUUACUGGUACCCCUCUUCAGAAUAAUCUGGAAGACCUCUACAGCCUUUUGUGCUUCUUACAUGUCGAACCAUGGUGCAACUGGGCCUGGUGGCAAAAAUUGAUUCAAAAGCCUUAUGAGAGUGGCGAUGAGAGAGGAUUGAGAUUGAUUAAGGCCAUCCUAAGGCCAUUGAUGCUGAGGAGAACAAAGGAAUCUACAGAUAAAGAAGGAAGGCCUAUACUUGUUCUCCCUCCUGUUGACAUCCACCUUGUGGAGUGUGAACAAUCUGAAGCUGAACGUGAUUUCUAUGAUGCCCUCUUCAAGAAAUCCAAGGUCAGGUUUGAUCAGUUUGUGGCGCAAGGCAAAGUUCUUCAUAACUAUGCUUCCAUUCUCGAACUGCUUCUUCGAUUAAGACAGUGUUGUAACCACCCUUUCCUUGUUAUGAGUCGAGGAGAUACACAAGAAUACUCAGACUUGAACAAGCUUGCUAGGCUCUUCCUCGAAGGACAUCCUUCAAAAUCCACCGACCCAAUUUCGUCAGCUCCUACCCGAGCAUACAUUGAAGAGGUUGUCGAGGGGAUCCGUCGAGGAGACAUCACUGAGUGCCCAAUCUGCCUAGAAUCUCCGGAUGAUCCUGUGCUCACUCCAUGUGCGCACCGGAUGUGCAGGGAGUGCCUACUCUCAAGCUGGCGGACCCCAUCAAGCGGGCUCUGUCCUAUGUGUAGAAUGCUACUGGUCAAGGCUGAUCUCAUUACGUGCCCAUCGGAGAACAGGUUCCGUGUUGAUGUGAAGGAGAACUGGAAGGAGUCAUCUAAGGUGUCAAAGCUACUCAGUUGUUUGGAGAUGAUCCAACAAUCAGGAUCUGGGGAAAAGAGCAUCAUCUUUAGCCAGUGGACAUCGUUUUUGGAUCUACUGCAGGUGGCUCUGAAUAGGAAGGGAAUUGGUUUCUUGAGGUAUGAUGGAAAGCUGGGGCAGAAGCAGAGGGAAAUAGUGUUGAAGGAGUUCAGUGAUACAAAAGAAAAAAUGGUGUUGUUGAUGUCUUUGAAGGCUGGAGGUGUAGGCUUGAAUCUGACUGCAGCCUCCAAUGUGUUUUUAAUGGAUCCGUGGUGGAAUCCAGCGGUUGAGGAGCAAGCAAUCAUGCGAAUUCACCGUAUUGGUCAGAAACGAAAGGUGUGCGUUAGGCGAUUCAUAGUCAAGGACACGGUUGAGGAGCGCAUGCAACAGGUUCAAGCAAGGAAGCAACGGAUGAUUGAAGGUGCUCUCACAGAUGAGGAAGUGAGAACUUCUCGAAUUGAAGAGCUGAAAAUGCUAUUUAGAUGAUUUUUUCUUUUUUUCUUUUUCAUGUUUUCCUAAGAUAUAUAGGAAGAGAAUUAUACAGUAUGUUUUUGUAUAGCAUGGGUCUUCUUUUGUAAGUUUUUGUUUAUGUUAAUCUUUUGUCUCAGCAUAGUGGGCUGUUUUUCAUUACAGAUGAAUGUAAAAUCUUUGAGGUUCUACUUUAAGGAUAAACCAAUUUAAACUGUCUAACAUCUC